ACUCAUCUCAAGGUAGGAUAGCCGCCGACAAGCAACAAUGAGAACCACCUUUCUCCUCCUCGCCGGAGCUGUCGUCCUUUACGCCGUUGUCGUGGCACCCAUGGCGGCGGUCGGUGAGGAAUGGCGACCGAUCCCCAAGGUUGAUGACCCUCUUGUCCAAGGGCUAGGUAGGUGUGCGGUGGACGAGCAGAACAAGGUGACGAACUGCAGGCUCAGGUUCGUCAAGGUUUUGGGCGGCAAGGUGAUGGGCGACACGAAGUAUAUGCUCGCUAUCGACGCGUUGCGGCUCGACGGCUCGCACAAAACAUAUGAGGCGGAGGUGCUCAAGCAGAGCUCUGCGGGCAAGAACACAUGCAAGCUCGUCUCCUUCAGCCCAAACUGCUGAGCGGUCGGCAGAUGUAGUAAGAGAUCGUCGAGAUUAAAGAUGCAAUUUUGUUGUGUUGUGUGUGUGCCAUCUUUUUCACGCCAAUAAUGAAGACUUGAUUCCCAUACUUUUGUUGCAUUCUUAAUUUCUAGGCCAUGUAUCUAUUACUCCAUGAUACGGCUGUGGCCUCCACAUUAUAUUAUGCCGCAUUAUUUUUAGCACCCAAAUGCAAACUACGGUAGCAAGGCAACAACUAUGCCAUGCAUGAC